GCGCGGCCCCCGGUACCUCAGGCGAGGGGUCGUCGGUGGCACUGAGGGGCGGAGACGACGUUGAGGGCAGGCGACGGUGUGCGAGCCCGAGCGAGAGUAGCCAGACAGACAGACACUCGUUGGACACGUUUGGCGAGCUGGAACGACGUGGACACAUGUUUGGACACUUUUUUUUUUUUUUUUUUCCCCCCCACUCACUUUUUCCCUCACACAAACGGACAGAGUAGCCGUGACGUCACGCUUGGUCCAAACAGUGCCCGGCUUCCGCCCUCUUGAGGGAUUGCGAUGCCCUCCGACUUUGUCGCACUUUUCAGCGGGGACCUCGACCUCGAAUUGCCCGGAACCCUUUCCUCCAAAGCUUGCAGCACUUACCAUAACACAGCAUGACACAAGAAUUAGCGUAUGACUUUCUGCCCAGAGAGCUGCAGUUUUCUUCCAACAUCCAGCUGAACCCAUUAAGCAUGAGCCAAACCAGCGGUGGAGAGGCCGGGCCACCUUCAGCUGCAUUAGCUGCAGAUGGCAUGUCCUCCUCUAUGACCAUGGAUGGCCCCCGCAGUGCUUUUUCCACCUCUUCCAGCUCCACCAAACCUUGCAGUUCUUCAGCCAGUGACCCCGUCAGUGGCAAUGUUGACCCAGAGGACAACAGGAGUUGCAGAGCUGUGCCAGAGAGCCUUGGUGCCGAAGGUGGGAGUGGGAACGGCAAUGGCGGUGGUCGUUGCCUGGUCGCCAAUGAGGUUGGAGGAGGGAUAGGUGUGACAUCACAGGAGGACCAGCCACAUCAGCACAUGAUGCCCCCAAAGCGCCGCACCGAACUGAACAUCUCUCCGCCUCCGCAAGACCUACUCAGUGAUAGUCACAUGUCCUGUCAAGCGGAAACAUCGUUGGACUCGGAGCACAGCAACAGCAUCUGGAUGGAGGACUCGCUGUCAAACUUCAGUCUGAUGAGCACAACGUCUUACAACGACAACACAGAGGUGCCACGAAAGUCACGCAAACGCACCCCACGACAAAGGCCAGGGCCCAAGUCUUUGCUUACCAAUGAAGCCAGCAUGGAUGUUUUUGAUGCGGACAGUGCCAAAGGGCCACACUUUGUUCUUUCCCAGCUCAGCACAGACAACAAGACUGGACAAAAAGGAAGUCCGCAAGAAAAUGCUCAUACGCCUCAUCAAAAAGGAGUUUUAUCGAUGCAGUACCCAUCAAAGAGUGAACAGAAGGAACUGAAGAUCCUUGUUCAGCCUGAGCCUCAGCAUCGGGCUCGCUACCUGACGGAGGGCAGCAGAGGGUCAGUGAAGGACCGCACUCAGCAGGGCUUCCCAACUGUAAAGCUGGAGGGUGUGAAGGAACCAGUUAUUUUGCAAGUGUUUGUGGGGAACGAUGCUGAGCGCGUGAGGCCCCAUGGAUUUUACCAAGCCUGUCGAGUGACCGGCCGCAACACCACAGCCUGCAAAGAGGUGGACAUUGGGGGCACGACUGUCAUUGAAGUCCCCUUGGACCCAAGCACCAACAUGACCUUAGCCGUGGACUGUGUUGGAAUCUUGAAGCUCCGAAAUGCCGAUGUGGAGGCUCGAAUUGGGGUGGCGGGGUCAAAAAAGAAGAGCACGCGGGCGAGGCUCGUGUUUCGGGUCAACAUCCCACGUCCAGACGGUUCAGUGCUCACGCUCCAAACGCUGUCGUCUUCCAUCCUUUGCACCCAGCCGGCAGGGGUGCCUGAGAUUCUGAAGAAAUCACUGCACAGCUGCUCAGUGAGGGGAGGAGAGGAACUCUUCAUCAUUGGCAAGAAUUUUCUCAAAGACGCUAAAGUCAUAUUUCAAGAGAAUGUCUCUGAUGAAACGUCUUGGAAGACAGAGGCUGAAAUUGACAUGGAGAUGUUUCACCAGAAUCAUUUGAUAGUGAAGGUUCCACCUUACCAGAACCAAAGCAUCACCUCUGCUGUGUGUGUGGGUAUCUAUGUGGUCACCAAUGCUGGCAGGUCCCACGAUGUUCAAUCAUUUACUUACAAUUCAGAUUCAGCAAACACUGACGUUUUUGUGAAGAAAGAGACAACCUCCCCAGUGAAGACAUGUCCCUUCGAUGAACAAAUUCUGAUGCCUCCUAUAUUGCCUCAAGUGAAGAAAGAAGAAGUCACUCCAAUGGAGGUCACCAAUAACCUCCAAACCUCUGGGGUGUUCAAGCAGACAGUGGACCUUUGUCCAGCACAACAGAACCCAGACAUGUCUACAGGCCAUCUAAAUAAAAACAGAGAAUUUUCCAACACAAUGCCACAGUCCUCGGGUGAACCUGACAAAAGCCAGGCCCCAGUUUUUACCAACACAGAGGCUUUAACUACAGUCCAGCCAAGAUUGGGUCUUGGGCAGGAAAGGCAAGUCAACAGCUGUGGGUCUGUAGUGAGGCCAUGUGCUGAUCCUGCACCUCAACCGCAGCAGUUGCCCAUGUUCCCUUCGGACGAAGUGGCCCAGUUGGAGGAGGCAGUUAGACAGCUUAAGCCCGAAGCGUUCGGUAAUCUGCCACUUCAGACGGACAACUCAAUGACCAACCAACAACACCAUAUGCAGCACCAACAGAUCCAAACCCAACACAUUCAGCAGCAACAGCAGCAAAUUCAUCAACAGCAACAGCAACUCCAUCAGCAGCAAGCGCUGGAGAAUCUACAACAGCAGCUAUUCCAAUCACAAAUUCAAAUGCAGUGUGUGAAUGUGGAGCAACAAGGCUCCUCACAAGGUGCUCUGCCAAACCAGGGGUCACUUUUCCAACAGGCUCACCAGCAGCAGCAGCAACAACAAGCAACUCUCUUUCAGCAGACCAAUGAACUUCUCUCUAUUCAGACCAACUUCCUCCACCAGACACCCUCCCACCCCUCCCCACCAGCGUUCCACAAUGCCAGUCCUAUAACAGAAGCACACGAUCCCCAGGCGGGUCUGUUUCAUAGCCAGAACUCCUCUCACACUCCAGAGCAAGUGCAGGCCGUGCUCUUCCAAAACAACAUGACAGUUCUACAGUCUCCAGACCAGCAACCUUCGACGCAAAGUCUGUUCCUCCCUCAGACAUCUCUUUCACCUCAGCUUACCACCAGUAGUAGCCAACAACAGCAACUGGCCUUCCUCAAUGCUCUACGAACACCUGCCCCCGAACAACAAUCUGUGUUUCAGGCUCAGACUCAGCUCUCUCCAAUUCAGCAAGGUGCACCAAUGGAGCAACAGCAGCCUUCACAGCCUCAGGCCCUUUCUCAAACAAGUCAGCGGCAAUCUUUGUUUCAGAACAUCGUUCAGCAUCCACCUGCAAACACACUAUCUUCAGGUCAACAGCAGCCAGCUGGACUACUAUUCUGUAACAACACCCUACCCACCACAGAACAGACAUCCAACAUCCUCUUCAGCAAUCAGGGGCAGAUUCCUCCUUUGACCACCAGCAGUCUAGUUUCCCCAGAGCCCCAGAACCCUUCUCUGCUUUUUUCACAGGCCAACGUGGUGACGGUAAACCAACAAGUCCGCUCUGAGCCCAUGUCCUUAGGCAACCCUAAUGAUGCACGUCAGCAAGUGCUGUUUCAGGAUCAGCAACCAAUGCAACUUGGAAACACCACAAACAAUGGACAAGAGCGGUCUGUGGGGCUCUUCAUGCCUCCACCGAACAUGGCCUCUCUGCAGAGUGGAUUGUCUCAGGAGCUCACACAGUCAACCAUGUUUGGCUCACCGAACGGUGUGGCCAACCUCCAGACGACCACCUCAUCUCCUGUUCAGCAACCAGGGACUCUGUUUCAGUCUGCAGUCGGUGGGACCAUCAGUCAGCCCAGUCAGCCUCAACAACCUGAACUCUUCCUUUUUGGAAUUCAGAACGAAUGUGGUCAGCUGAUGAACGCACCAGGAAACACGCUGUCGGAUCAGAUUAUAGCCAUCAGCCAGUCUGGUCAGAACCAAAGAGAGAGUGAGGCCCGCAUGCAGUCGCUGCUCAGCCAGUCACUGUCACAGUCAGUGACGGCACAGAACGGCUUGAAUGUCUCGCAGAAUAUGGAAAAGAUUAAUGACCUGCUCGUCAGUUGCCUGCAAGAGCCGGGCAGCAGCAUAAGUCGUUCAUACUAAUUUUCAGAGAAGUUCAUGGAUUCCGCUUUCAUUUUUUGUCUGUAUGAUGUUAUCAAAUGUACACGAGGGGUCAAAAUAUAAUUGGAGGUUUGUCCAUGUGACUGAGCAACAAAUUGUGUUCUUCCCAAUUGAGAUUUGAUUUGAUCUUCUUUUGUGCUCAGUAUUUAGAGGAAAAAAAAGACAAUCGCCUUCAAAGUGAACUAGAGUGAAAAUAUCUAGAUUACCGGCAACAGUCGAUGUCUGUAUGUAGGAGUGUCAAAUGUUUUUCCCUUUCAUUUUUUUUCCCGGGGAGGCGAGAUUGAAGCGAAAGGGAAGUUUGAAGAGAGUGCGGAAUGAAUGUAAUCUGGUGGGAGUCUGCUUGAAAAUGGUAUAGAAAGUGUAUGGAGAGGUCAAAGGAGAUGAGGCAAAGAAAUUAACAAGAUCAUAUACAAUAAUACAGAAUGACAUUGUUGACACAUUUGUGUCUUUAUAACAGUACUUGAGAUCUCAACAUGGGCCAUAUAAUGUCAAUCCUUCAGUUUUUAUCCAUUGAUGGCUUGAUUUUUGUCACAGGGUUGAUGAAAUUAAGUCUAUCAAAUGCACUCUUAGCUGGGCUUUAAUUUAUUUGCAUAUUGGAAAACAUGCAAACAAAUCAUCUGUAAGAUGUCUAGUGGGGUACACAGGUGAUCUAAGUAAAAAAUAAACUCUUGAGUUAUUUUGAUUAAAUUACCGCACCUGUGUUUUUAAGACGGGGAAAAUUACUGAGCGAAAUAACGUUCUCGUGGGAUUCCUUUGUUAGCUGUACUACUGUCACAUCUCAAAAUGUAACAUUAUUAGCAAAAGGUAGCACUGAAGUUGAACAUUUGAAGCAAAAGUGUUUCAAAUGAUGUAGUAGAGAGAAUUACUUGUAUUAGACUAUGUCUACCGAUUAGUACAAAUAACACCGAAUGUAAACUAGUUUAAUAUUGUGUCAUUUGUCCUUUGGAGUCACAUUAAUGGACUCACUCUGCGUCAGGUACGCAUAACCGAGGAUUGUAGUGUCGUUGCGGUUCGGAAGCUUUUCCUUUGCCAGGACGGACCGCUUGCUUAGCUGUCCCUGCUAAAAAGGGUUUUGAGAAUUCAUGCGCUCAGUCAUUUUGGUAUCCAAUUUUUCAUAGCUACAGCUUUAGGUACAAUCUGUGUGGGUUCACACGCAAGCUACUGGGUGAAAAUUCAACACUCCAACCUGUUCCGUUUUGCAUGCUCACCCUGAGAAAAGCAUGCGUUGCUUUUUAUGAGAAAAGUUCAAAAUAUGGAAGUGGAUAAAACUGUCCUUGUGCCAGCCAUCUUAGCGUAUCUUAACACUGGCUACUCUAUUGAGCUGCAAAAUUAAUUAUAAUAAUUAUUGAUACCUGAGCCAGUGUUUCACUCCCCCUAAAAAUGUUUUACAUACAGUGGAUAUGAAAAAAAAAAAAAAAAAAAAAAAAAAAGGUGCACAUAAAAAUGCCAGGUUUUGUGAUAUAAAAAAAUUAGACCAAAGCUAAAAAGAAUAAAAAUAAAAACCGUGAAUUUGAAUGUGAUCGGUUAAUCCUAAACACAGCCACAUCAGGGGCGGAGCUACGUGGUGGUCAGGGGUCAAAUCCUGAUAUGGGUAUUUUACCCCUUCAAACUUUACAAAUGUAAUAGAUUUAUUGAAUGAUAAAGUACACUUUGUGUGUAUUAACAUUCUUGAUUCAUUCUUGGGUAAUUAGUUUGCUAGUGUGGACUGGCUAUUUAUAAAAUCCUGAUGGCGGGCCAGUUUUAUGGCCUGUUUGCGUACAUAUUUCUUUUUCAGUCUUUCUCGUUCAAUAUUUGUAAAAAAUCAAAAUACUGUAGCAACACAUUUCCUGUCUUUGUUUUGUGUCCGGCCUUUUUCAUUCUGCUGUUUUUUUGGUUUUAAAACGUUUCAGGGGCUGGUCUCUGACAAAAUACUAAACAAAAGGUAAAUGUAUGACCUUUUUUUUUUUUUUUUUUUUUUUUUUUAAAUGUAGUGUUACCAACACAGUUGUAAUUAUCCACCUGCAAAAAAAGGCUAUUUGGACGAUGUAUUCAGUAGAAGUAAUUGGUACAGUGUAACCUAGACUAAUGUGAUUAAUGGUGUGACGGUGUGCUGAUUUGAGCAGAGCUGUUUUCAGUCGGACGUUACUCCAGAAGGACACCUGACAGCUACGUGUCAUUGGUUCUCUUUCAAAUUGUGAAACUGAAGAUCUCUUAAGUGUUUCAUAUUUAUCCUUGCGUUUGUUUUGUGUAUCUCUCCGGUAAGCCUUUUGUUAUCGGUUUAGUACAAUAGUUUGGCAUAUGUAUUUAUUUGUGUGUCACCCUCAAACGUGUAGUUGGAUUUAGAUCUUUCGAACUGUGACCGAUGGUAAUCAUUGUGGUUUGGCGCCCACGUCUGCUGAUCCUCAAUUGGAACCAUUUACUGAAACAGAAGUGGGGGUUUUGGGGGGGGGGGGGGGGGCGCCUUCUUACCAAAAAAUGCACAUACAUGCCUGUGUAUAACUACAUUCUGGUGAAUUUUGGAGAGAGAGAAAAUUAACACUCCAUGAUCUUUGGAGCCAAUGGCACCAAACUUCACAAUUAUCGUUUGAAAUAGGAACAACUUUCAGUAUUAUGACAAACACAAACCGAUACAUGUCAGAGUUGCGUGAAUACUUAUUGUGAUUGUACAGAAUGGUUGCGAGCAUCUCAAUAUUAAGAUGCAUUGAACGCACACUGGGUAGGUACAUAUUUUUAUAUAAGGGAGAAAUGAUUGAAGAUCUUUGAUACAUUUUUUUUUUUUCCUUUCUCAAUAGAACAAGCUGUUUAUUUGACCAGGUUGACUACUUACAGUUUGCUCAAAAAUGUAUGCUCUCUUCAAAAUAGAACUUCAAAUACACUGGUGCCUUGAGAUACGAGUGACUAUUUAUACAAGCCAUUGUUGGGUUGUUUUUUUCAAUUUUAUUUUAUUUUUUUCCUGCAUUGACUUGUGAGCACAGGCUUGAGAUACGAGCGCUGUAUAUACAUCUGUCUGUCUUAUACUGGUCCAAGGUGGGCACACCAGAAAGAGCAGCACAAUGGCCGAAAUGGCUAUUUUUCCUCCUUAAAAUACAUAUUACAACAAUUUUUCUGUUUGGGGACUGGAACGGAUUAAUGGCCUUUUCCAUUUAUUUUGGUGGGAAAAGAUUCAUUGAGCUACAAGUUCUUUCAGUUACAAGCGUGGUCACAGAAGGAAUUCAACUGGUAUCUCAAGGCACCACUGCUAGAUAUUGUAUCGUAAAUGUGCAUGUAAUAGGCAAAUUUUGCUUUUUUUAACACUGCGCUCGCUUCUCGAUGUUGCGACGGUGCAUGCAAGACGCUUUAAAUGUGCUAAUGCUCUACAGCAGGGACGGGAUAGAUGAAUUAUGUUAUGAAAUGUCUGUCAUGCAUCUAGCCCAUUUGUACUGAAGUAGCCAAUGCAUUUGUGUGGACAUGGAUGCACAUAUUUUCUGAAACUGCUAUGCAGCGAAACUGUAAAUGUAGAUCCGUUAAGUUUUUGAAUAUAUAUUUUUCUAUAUAGCCGCUCAGUUUUUAACUAAUGCAAAGGAACCAAAAUAGUUUUUCAUCUCAUUAUUUAGGCUGGUUGAACUUUUUCCUCUGAUGCUUUGUUUGAUUGCCGUAAGUGAUUUGUAAAGUUAAUAAAAAAUCUAUAAAAAUCAAUGGAAAUUUCUCCUCCCAACCGCACUUUCUGGGCUCUGUGUUACGCAGAGCAGUGGUGCUUUUGAUGUCCGAUUCUUUGAGGGACCAGGAAAAAUCAGCAAAGACUAAUCACAUUUAAUUUUUAAUUCUUGGGGAGGGUGAAAAGCUUGUGCUUAGUCUCAUUUCAUUUUUAAUUGUUUGGGGGGAAAAAAAGCUUUUGAAUAAUUUGUUCUCUAUCUGACGAUGUCUACCUUUAACGCAUCUCCCAGAGCAAUUGAAGCACUCCUCCAGUUCAUGUUUUGUAAUCCGGGAAAGAGAAAGUGAAAUUUUAUUUUUGGUCUCAAACCAUGUGAACAACUGUCUUAUAUUCACUUAAAAAAACAAAACAAAACAAAAACCGUAUGUUCAGCCUUUGUUGGGAUUCAUUUUCUGUAAACUUGCUGCUACCUGUAUUAAACCUGUACAACGUAGA